CUGACGUUAAAGACGGCCUCUGAAGGUCUGCACGGGGAGCCGGAGCUUCUCCUCUAUUCUUCCAUCAAACAGCAGAAAAAUGGGGAUCUGCUGCCUCUACGCGCUCUGUCGGAGAACCUCACGUGACAUAAAGAAACUAAAGACACUCCUCGGCCUCACCGUCUCCCGCCUCGCCCUCCUCCGCACCCAGCGUCAAAUUCGCUGCGCCCAAGCCGAAGCUGAUGUAGCCCAACUCCUCCUCCUCGGCCACCGUGAUCGCGCCCUCCUCCGCGCGGAGAUGGUGAUCAAAGAGCGCAAUACGCUGGAUGUCUUCGCCAUGGUGGAGAGCUACUGCCACCUGCUUACAGAGCGCGCAUUCCUCUUCCACAACCAGAAGGAAUGUCCGGAGGAGCUGCGUGAGGCUGCUGCUGGAUUGGCUUUUGCGGCCUCACGGUGCGGUGAUCUGCCGGAGCUGAGAGAGAUACGCCGCAUCUUCACGUCUAGAUUCGGAAAGGAAUUCACGACUGCGGCUGCGGAGCUGCGCAAUAAUUGCGGCGUCAGUGGUAAGUUGGUACAGAAGUUUUCUACAAGACAGCCAAGCCUGGAAAUCAGGGCGAAAGUCACGAAAGAAAUAGCCAUAGAGAAAGGCAUCAAGGUGGAACUAGCCGAACCUCCCGUGGACACUGAAGAGUUGAUUCAGAACCCCAACCUUCAGAGGAAGAAGCAGCAGGCCAAAGCAGCAAUGGAUUUACCAUGCACCGCCUGUGAUCUUCACGACCUCCUGGAAGAUGAAAAGCUCGAAAUAAUGGCUCAGAAGAAGUACAAGGAUGCAGGAAGCGCAGCGCUAGCUGCCUUUGAGUCCGCAGCCUAUGCAGCAGCCGCAGCCAGAACCGCUGUAGAACUCUACCGAUCAGAAUCAGAGAGAAUUAGAAAUCAUUCCAGCAAUCCCGGCAAGCAGAAGCCAGAGAACUGCUUAUUCCCUUCAGCUUCAUGCUGCAGUUCUAUAGACCUCGGCUGCAGAGCCAGGAAGGUGAGUUCUCUCCGACAUGACCUGGAGAAUCCGAGAGGCAAAGAGAUUCAGAACGAAAUUGAUGAGAGUAGUGAUAGUGAUGAGGAACUGAUGAGGCUCGCCUCCAAGGCUUUGGUGCCGAUGAACAGAGCUCAGAGCUUUGCAGGACUGAGAGAGAUGGAUCUGAAAGGCAAAAUGGGCGAUUUAGACUCUAAAAACGAAGAUGGAGAUAAGGAGGAUGAGCUUGAAGAGGUGAAUGAGAUGGCCAUUAUAGCAGUGGUGGAAGCAUCAAAGAAAGGAAACAGGCUCGCAGGAAAUGGUUUUGAGAAGAAGGUUGAGGCUGAGCGGAAUUCUUUGUCGAGGGCCAGUUCUUUCUCUGUCAGGACUCGAAGAUGAUAUAUAUUAAUAUAUACAUUGGAUAGUAGUUGCAGGCAUGCAACAUUUUUAUGUAGAUUUGAUCCUGCUCAUCUGUUGGGUUUUGAUGCAGUAAUAAUGUAUUAAUUGCAUAUUUU